AUGGCGUCCUCACCUUCGCCUUCCCCAGGCACCAUCAGAGCCACCGUGCCGCCUUCCACUGCACCCCCCUCGCCGGCAACCACUACGCCCACGCCGGCCUCCCCGGCCCCGGUGACGCAGCCCAAUGCUACCCCGGCCGACCCUCCCUCAUCGCAGGCCGUGCCUCCUCCCCUCCCUUCCGCAUCCACGCCACCGCCACAGCUCACUUCUCCACCGCCCUCCUUGCCUCCGCCUCCUCCGGACGCCGUGCCACCACCGCCAGUUGUUGUUGCCUCUCCUCCACCCGUCCCAGCAGCCGUAGUGCCCCCACCCUCGCCGCCGGUUGCAGUACCUCCACCACCUACACCUGCUGCCCCACCAAAGGCGUCGCCUAUACCUAUACGCCCCCCUGCGGCCGCGUCGCCACCCCCAUCCAAUUUGCCGGCGCCCAACCCGCCGGCUGACCCAACGCCGCCGACAGUAACGCAGCCACCUCCACCACGGCGCCGGCCACCAAGAACGCCUCAGACAGAACCUCCACCCCUGGCACCACCACCUUCUGGAAUUCCUGUCAAACCUUCUCCGACCAGUCCUUCACCGACAUCAGCAGAUCCUUCGAUCCCCACUCCCUCUAGCCCCUCACCUCCUGGGACGACACCGUCCAUGCCAGGCUCUGGUGCUACUCCAUCGGUGCCAGCCCCUGCAACUGCAGUUGAUCCAGUUAGCCCGGUAACAACUGGGGGCCAAGGUUCCAACAAGCCGUCGAGUCCAGCCUCGCCGAGCAGCAGCUCCUCAGUAGACAGUGGUGGGAUGUCUUCUGGUGCAAAGGCAGGCAUUGGUGUAGUCGUUGCCAUUCUUGUGCUUAGCUUGGUUGGAGCUGCAUUUUUGUACAAGAAGAAACGGAGGAUAGUGCAUGGAUACCAUGCUGGCUUUGUAAUGCCUUCACCUGCCUCGACUCCUACACAAGUGCUAGGGUAUUCAGCUAAAACAAACUUCAGUGCUGGGAGUCCUGAAUCGAAAGAUUCAAUGCCAGAGUUCAGUAUGGGCAAUUGUCGGUUCUUCACUUAUGAGGAAUUGUAUCAGAUCACAAAUGGCUUCUCAGCUCAGAACCUGCUAGGGGAAGGUGGGUUCGGAUCAGUGUAUAAGGGUUGCUUGGUUGAUGGAAGAGAGGUCGCGGUUAAGAAACUGAAAGAUGGCGGCGGGCAGGGGGAACGCGAGUUCCAUGCUGAGGUGGAUAUUAUCAGUCGUGUGCAUCAUCGCCAUCUAGUUUCUCUUGUAGGGUAUUGCAUUUCAGAUGACCAGAGAUUGCUUGUCUACGAUUUUGUGCCCAACAACACACUUCACCACCAUCUUCAUGGACGUGGAGUACCAGUCUUGGAAUGGCCGGCUAGGGUUAAAAUCGUAGCUGGCUCGGCUCGUGGAAUAGCCUAUCUUCAUGAAGAUUGUCAUCCCCGAAUAAUCCACAGAGAUAUAAAGUCCUCUAACAUUUUGCUGGAUAAUAACUUCGAAGCACUGGUUGCUGAUUUUGGUCUUGCAAGGUUAGCUAUGGAUGCUUGCACUCAUGUAACUACACGAGUGAUGGGAACUUUUGGGUACCUUGCUCCAGAGUAUGCAUCAAGUGGCAAGUUGACUGAGAGAUCUGAUGUAUUCUCAUUUGGUGUUGUCCUCUUGGAGCUUAUUACUGGUAGAAAACCUGUUGAUGCAUCGAAGCCAUUGGGUGAUGAGAGCCUUGUUGAGUGGGCUAGGCCAUUGCUCACACAAGCGCUUGAGACUGGCAAUGCUGGGGAGCUAGUGGACGCCCGACUCAACAAGAACUAUAAUGAAGUUGAAAUGUUUCGUAUGAUUGAAGCUGCUGCGGCCUGUAUUCGACAUUCAGCAUCCAGGAGACCGAGGAUGAGUCAGGUUGUGCGAGUUCUUGAUAGUCUCGCUGACGUUGAUCUAACUAACGGCGUUCAGCCAGGCAAGAGUGAGAUGUUCAAUGUCGCGAACACGGCCGAGAUCAGGCUGUUCCAGCGGAUGGCGUUUGGCAGCCAAGAUUUCACGACCGAUUUCAGCCAGUCCAGCUGGAACAGCCAGAGCAGAGGUCUUGAUGCAUCUGGUUCGAGGCCAUUGUAA